GGGCCGGGCCGGGCCGGGGCCGCCGCUCCCACCCCCUCCAUUCAUUCGGCCGCGGGAGGCGGCGGCUCCUGCGCGCACCCGCCCGGGCUCCGCGCGGCCCCGGCCAUGGCCGACCCGGCCGUGAACGCGCACCUGGAGGGCAUCAUCUCCGACUUCGAAGCUCUGAAAAGAUCUUUUGAGGUCGAGGAGGUAGAUCAGUCUUCAAAUUCCUCCACCCCACAAAGACGGACCCCAAACCCUCUCCUCAGAUCCACUGUGUCCAGCUCCACACAGAAGUUUCAGGAACUCGGUGCCAGGAAUUCGGAGCCAUCUGCCAGGCAUGCAGACCCCACAGGCCAAAGAUCACCCAAGCCCUCUCUGAGGAGAGUGGAGCUCUCUGGACCCAAACUGCCCGAGCCGGUGUCCAGAAGAACAGAAAUCUCCAUUGACAUCUCAUCCAAGCAGGUGGAGAACUCCACCUCAGGGUUAUCAAGGUUUGGCCUCAAAAGAGCAGAUGUGCUGGGGCAUAAGCCUCCUGAGCCCACCCCGAGAAGGACUGAGAUCACUCUAGGCAAGCCACAGGAGCCGGGGCUCCGGAGGGUGGAUGCGCCGGUGUCCAAGAUUCCAGAGAUGCCCCAGCGGAGAGCUGAUGCAGCCAGUGCUCCCGGGCCUGAUCUGGCCACCAAGCGAGUGGAAAUUCAGGUAGCCAAGGCUGCCGAGGGGCCAGCCCCGCCAGUCCGGCAGGUGGAGAAUUUGGAGCCUUCUCUAAGCAGCCAGCCUCCCCCACCGGAAUCAAAGCCACCACCUGUGGUGAUCGAAAGCCCACCAAAGAGAGAAGAAGGUCCCGAGGCCGUUCCCAGCUACGCGCCCAGCAUGACGGAGCCUCCCAGAGACGCCGGCCCCAAGCAGGCGGCGCCGGCGCGGCCGGAGAAGCCCGCCGCGGACUUCGGCUAUGUGGGCAUAGACGCCAUCCUGGAGCAGAUGAGGAGGAAAGCCAUGAAGCAGGGCUUCGAGUUCAACAUCAUGGUUGUGGGUCAGAGUGGUUUGGGGAAAUCCACAUUAAUCAACACACUCUUUAAAUCCAAAAUCAGCCGGAAAUCUGUACAGCCAACUUCGGAGGAGCGGAUCCCCAAGACCAUUGAAAUAAAAUCCAUCACUCACGAGAUUGAAGAGAAGGGAGUUCGCAUGAAGCUGACAGUCAUUGACACCCCGGGCUUUGGAGACCACAUCAACAAUGAGAACUGCUGGCAGCCCAUCAUGAAGUUCAUCAAUGACCAGUACGAGAAGUAUCUGCAGGAGGAAAUCAACAUUAACCGGAAGAAACGGAUCCCAGACACCAGGGUGCACUGCUGUAUAUACUUCAUCCCAGCCACAGGCCACUCGCUCCGGCCGCUGGACAUCGAGUUCAUGAAGCGCCUCAGCAAGGUGGUCAACAUCGUGCCGGUGAUCGCGAAAGCCGACACGCUCACGCUGGAGGAGAGGGACUACUUCAAGCAAAGGAUCACAGCCGAUCUUCUUGCCAAUGGGAUUGACGUGUAUCCUCAGAAGGAAUUUGAUGAAGACUCGGAAGAUCGGCUAGUAAAUGAGAAAUUCCGGGAAAUGAUCCCAUUUGCAGUGGUGGGUAGUGACCAGGAGUACCAGGUUAACGGAAGAAGAAUCCUUGGAAGGAAGACCAAGUGGGGCACCAUUGAAGUGGAGAAUACGACACACUGUGAGUUCGCCUACCUGCGGGACCUCCUCAUCAGGACACACAUGCAGAACAUAAAGGAUAUUACCAGCAACAUCCACUUUGAAGCCUACAGGGUGAAGAGGCUGAACGAGGGCCAGAGCUCGCUCUCCAACGGCGUGGCCGACAAAGAGCUGGUGGCUAACGAAAUGUAACCGUCCCGCUCUGUAGCCAGGACCUUGCUCGCGCACGCUCGCUAUCUCCCCCCUCCUCUGUCCCCCCCUUUAUUUUUAUAUAAAUCCUCUGCCACUGUCCCUUCUUCUCCACCCCCCACCCAGUGCCAAUGUUAACUGACCAAAUAACCAGGCGCCGCAUCUCG